UUCUUCUUCUAUAACUGCCCUUCCAUUUUGUUGUCGUUCUUCCGUAAAGAUCCUUCCACCCAUCUCUGUAUAUACAUAAUACAUAUAUGUAUAUAUACAUACAUACAAUGCACAGAUAUAUUUUUUGAUUCAUUGAAUUUUUUUGAUUCCCCUAUCUUGUUGUUGUGAUUUUUUAUUUGUUGCAUUUGGCAAUGGGUACGGAAGAGGGGACUGUUCAAAUUUCUGUGGCAUCAGUGGUGGAGGAAGUUCUUCAACAAGGAAAGGGACUGAGCGACAUUGAUUUGGCUUCUAGGAAAGCUGAGGAAGCUUCAUUGAGAAGGUAUGUAGCAGCAGGGUGGCUCAGAAAGACAAUUGGAGUGGUUGCGGCUAAAGAUUUGCCAGCAGAGCCUUCAGAAGAGGAUUUCAGGCUUGGAUUGCGUAGUGGAAUCGUACUUUGCAAUGUUCUUAAUAAAGUUCAGCCUGGUGCUGUGCAAAAAGUAGUUGAAGCACCACCUGAUUCUGUUAAUGUCCCUGAUGGGGCUGCUCUUUCUGCAUAUCAAUACUUUGAAAAUGUCCGUAACUUCCUUGUAGCGGUAGAAGAAAUGGGCAUUCCCUCUUUUGAAGCAUCUGAUUUGGAGAAAGGAGGGAAAUCUUCCAGAAUCAUCAGUUGUGUGCUUGCAUUGAAAUCUUACUCUGAGUGGAAACAUGGAGGUGGGAGUGGAUCAUGGAAAUACAGUGGGAACUCAAAACCGUCAUCUGCAGGAAAGCAAUUUGUCCGAAGAAAUUCCGAGCCAUUCAUGAAUUUAAUCUCAAGGACUUCAUCUAUCAUCAACAAGUCUCCUGAUAGCAGUGAUGUUGGGCAUGAAGCCCGUGAAAUGGUUAACCCAAGUUCCCUCCAAAUGCUUGUUCACGAUCUUCUCUCUGACAAGAAGCAAGAAGAUAUUCCAUUUAUUGUGGAGAAUAUGUUGAGCAAAGUCAUGGAAGAAUUUGAGCAUCGGCUUGCCAGCCAAAAUGAACAGUCAAAGACCUCCCACAAAGAGACAGUUGUUCCAACAACCGAUGAAUCUCCCCUGGAGCUUACAUGUGAGGAGACACAGGUCGCAAUCAUCGAGGAUGAAGAAAAAGCACCCGAUGAGGGGACAUGCGGCAGGGUAGACAUAGAUGAUGAUGGUGCAUCAACAACACCGGUUGUAAGGCAGCUGAUGCUGGUUGAACACCAACAUAAAGAAGUACAGCAAUUGAAAUCUACUCUCCAUGAUGCUAAAGUAGACUUGCAGUCUCUUCAACUGAAAUAUCAAGAGGAAGUCAGCAAUCUGGGUAAACAUCUGCAUGGUUUGGCUCACGCUGCUUCAAGUUACCAAAAGGUUCUGGAGGAGAAUCGGAAGCUGUAUAAUCAAGUGCAAGACCUUAAAGGGAACAUCAGAGUGUAUUGCCGGGUGCGACCUUUCUUGCCUGGCCAACCAAACAGUCUAAGCACUGUGGAUCACUUAGAUGACGGGAAUAUUACAAUAACUACUCCUUCAAAGUACGGAAAAGAGGGAAAGAAAUCAUUCACUUUUAACAAGGUCUUUGGUCCUUCUGGAACCCAAGAGGAAGUGUUUGCAGAUACACAACCUUUGAUCCGGUCUGUUCUUGAUGGCUACAAUGUUUGUAUCUUUGCUUACGGCCAAACGGGAUCAGGGAAAACACAUACGAUGACUGGCCCAUCAGAUCUCACGAAGGAAACCCUUGGUGUGAAUUACAGGGCAUUGAGUGAUCUAUUCAAUAUCUCUGAACAAAGAAAAGAUGUUAAUUCUUAUGAUAUUUCAGUUCAGAUGGUUGAAAUUUAUAAUGAGCAAGUCAGGGAUCUCCUUACCCCAGACGGAGUUAACAAAAAAUAUCCUUCUUUCACUUAACUUCUAAAUACAGUUACUAAUAAAAUUCGCAACAGUUCCCAGAAGGGUUUCAAUGUACCUGAUGCAAAUCUCGUUCCAGUAACAUCAACUUCUGAUGUGUUGAAUCUGAUGAACCUUGGGCACAAGAAUCGUGCAGUGAGUGCUACUGCCAUGAAUGACAGAAGUAGUCGCUCUCACAGUUGCCUUACAGUUCAUGUUCAAGGAAAAAACAUGACAUCUGGUACGAUUCUUCGUGGCUCAAUGCACCUCGUUGACCUGGCAGGAAGUGAAAGAGUGGACAAGUCAGAGGUGCUGGGUGAUAGGUUGAAGGAGGCUACACAUAUCAACAAGUCUCUUUCUGCUUUAGGAGAUGUCAUUGCUUCACUUGCCCAAAAGAACUCACAUGUUCCCUACAGGAAUAGUAAGCUUACACAGUUGCUUCAAGAUUCUCUUGGAGGCCAAGCAAAAACUUUGAUGUUCGUUCAUGUAAGUCCUGAGCUUAAUGCUGUUGGAGAAACACUUAGCACUCUGAAAUUUGCUGAACGAGUUUCUACAGUUGAGCUUGGUAGUGCACGGGCGAACAAAGAGGGUUCUGAUGUCAAGGAACUAAGAGAACAGAUUUCCAGUCUUAAGGCAGCCCUAGCAAGGAAGGAGGAAGACCAAGGGCGCCGUCCACUUUCCAGAUCAAGUACUCCCGAAAGAGUCAGAGUAGGAUCUUCUGGAUCUUCUCUUUCUUCUAGUUGGCAUAGUAUGGAAGAUGUUAGUGGUAACAUAGAGGUUAAGAAGAAAUCUACGUCAAAAAUGAGAAGGCGAAGCUUAGAUCCCAAAGACUUCCAGACGAAUUCUCCUCCGUCUCCACCAGGCAAUAAUCCUGUAUCAAGGGAAGAGGACAGAGAAUCAGUUUCUGGUGAUUGGGUUGACAAAAUUAUGGUGAAUAAGCAAGAUGGUCUGAGUAGAAGUAAUUCCUUAAGAGGAUGGGAAGAAGAAACCAGGAUUUCACCUGACCUGUUAUAUAGGAAAUGCCCACCUGAUAGUUCAAAGGUGUAUCCAGAACAACAUAUAAACAAAGUUGCAGGAAACAAAAAGGAAGGCCAAGACUACGAAGCAAGUAGGACUCGGUCUGAAGCAGGUUCCAUAGAUGAUUUCGAUGACCUGGAAGCCGCAACAAGUGAGUCUUCUGAGCUUGAAUACGGUUGGCAACCGAAUCCUCAGAAGGUUAGUCAGACUCCCAAUGGACUGGGAUCCAAACUCAAAAAACCUAGUCCUAAGCAAGUGAAGAAGCCAGAAAUAAGGAGCUUGAUUCCUCCACCACCAACCAGGAGACUUUCUAAUGGGUUAAUCUCACCUUCUGCAAAGAUGGGAAGAGCGGCGGCUGCCUUAGAAGGAAAGCGAAAAACAGCAAGUGGGAAGUGGUAAAUGUUCCUACUUAGCUGAGUUUGAUGCUUAAGCAAUCAAAGAUGUGUAUCUUUUUUUUCUUUUUUCUUUCUUUGUCAAUCUUUUGCUCUGCAUUCUUUAGAGUGAAAGAGAGCGGAGGGUAUGGCAAUAACUUCAGUUGCCAGCUUUUCCUCCAGUGGUGAUGAGUUUUCAGUUGUUUAUAUGGUUGUUGGCUUGUUCUUCAUUUUUUUUUUCCCAUUCUUUUGGACUGAGGAAUGUAAAAAUGCAGAAAAUGAAAAGAACUACUAAUAGAAUUACAGAUA